CGAACUGGUUAUAACAAUGAUUUUGUUUUUACUUUAAAAAUUAUUAUAGCCGAAGACUGUAAAAAACGUUGGAGAAGUAUAAAAGAUACUUAUAAUAAAAAAAAAAGAAACAGAAAAUUGGGGACUGGAUCAGCAGCCAAAGAUAAACCAUCGAAAUGGAUGCUUGCCGAUGUUUUAUCUUUCUUGGACACAACGACUUAUGAAAGACAGGGAUUAUCAAAUGUGAUCUCAAACGAAGAUCAAAACGCAACACAAAAUGAUGACACAAGUAGCCAAGUACAUGAUUCGCCAGUAGAUGACUCUAUUUUAUCACAGAUCGAGUCAGAUUAUGAACAUUUACCAUCCACGUCUUUUUCUGAGCCAACUGAAGUUAUAGCUAAAAAAGCAAAAGUAUCCUUAACAACAAAACGACUUAAACAAAAUGAAAUUAUUAUAGAUACUUUAAAUAAAAGAAGCGAUGAGCGUAAUAAGUUAUUGGAGAAGUUAUAUGAAACAAAUGAAAGAGAUCCAAUAGAUAUAUUUUUUGAAAGCAUUGCUGCAACUGUCAAACAAUUUACUCCAGAAUUGAAAAUUAAAGCCAAAACAGAUGUUUUUCGUAUUGUCAGUGAAUUAGAGGUACAAAAUAUUCAGCCAGAGCGUCAAUCUUCUUCUUCUUCUACUUACAUAUUUCCACAAACAGUAAUUUCAAGUCCACGAGAUAUUCAGUCUUUACAUUCAUACACAAGUUCAUUGCAAAGUAAUUCUACGUCAAGUUCUUUUGAUAUAGACAGUUCAGCUGUAAAUUGGACUCAACCAUUUACACAACAUUAUGAAGAUACUAAUAAUUAAGGGCGACAAGUCAGGUCAUCAGCUCAUAAUAUUAUAUAUGUAUAAAAUCUAAACAGUUUUUAUACUUUUAUU